AUGAGCAUUGAAGUGGAGAGCAACGCCUCAGUGCCUCAGUCGAGCCUUUACCACCAAUCAACGCUCAGCGCAGAGCCGCUUUCUCGACUAGGCGCGUUCGCAGCUCAUGUGCAGACGAACUAUGCAGGGUGGGAAGCAGAUAUGUGGACGCCAAUCUUGACCCAAACCUGGGCGGACUCCGUCAUAUCUGAUGGUAGCUUUGCCCUUCGUAAAGACAUGGCUACGUCCAACCUUGGCACACGAAAGCACUCGGUAUGGAAGAGAACAUUGCUGGACCUACCAACAUAUUUGAGCGCAAGAGCUUCAUUACGAAGCUAUGUUAUGACCCAAUUGCCAGCUGCUACGAGACAUGAACGAAACGGGCCUAGUGAAACACCCCAACCACCUUCGAACGCCGAAUUUUGCAUACGAAGCCGCCAGAAGCGAUCGUUCGAGCACGAUUUCCUUGCGCUUGGGACUCUAACCACACACGGCCACCCUGCAGGUUUUGGCCCCACUUCACAUCUGCCAUAUCGUCGCAUGAACGCAAUCUGUCCCGCACCUGCAGUUGCACCCAGCGAGAGCCCUCGUGGGGUUCCCCAAUCGUUUCUGAGCUAUCGGGGCGAGUUACGUGAGGCGCGCGUCAUCAACGUGGAGCCGAAGAGCCGGAAAUGA